GACUGUACAUCGGCACAGUCGUCCGGUAACGAUAUCACGUGGAACAAUUGCGCGGGAGUUCCGACACUUGGGCCGUCGUAGUUAUAUUAUACUAUUAUUUGUAUACCUGUUUAUGUUAUAGUCUCCGGUCGUCUAUAUAGUAGUGUACAAGCGGUUUUUAUUUUUCGUAUUUUACUCUGCGUCGUCCGUCGAUACGAGUGAAACACCUAUAAAGUAUUACAUAAUAUAUUAGAAUUCAAUUCUGUUUUUAAAUUUUUUUCGCUACACGAUAUACUUGGCAUACGUAAACACGUCGGAUCGCUUUUGAUUCGAUUUUACAUCAGAUUAAUACGAGACAAUAUUACUGACUGCAUCGGGCACUUGGAUCGCUCCGACAUACACACCGCGCACGAGCGAAACCGGAUAACGGAAACGACCGUCGGAUGUCUGUGGAACGGUCGUAAAGCAACGCCGGUGGUUUUGUCGUGAUGAGCGUGCGGGCGCUAUUGCGCGCGAUACUUUUGGCCGUCUUGGUCGCCGCGACAUGUCAAGCCGACGAAACAACGAGCGAUUAUUCCGCCGCUGAAUCUACAGACCGACCGGAGUCGACUGAAGACGAGCAGGAAACGAAUAAAUCAGCAACACCUAACCAAGGAUUAAAACCAACAAAAUACCAUUAUUAUCCACACAACCAACACAUAUAUCUUCUACCCGAGUGUGCAGUUCAACAGGUGUGCAAUGCUGUAUAUGUGAGACUCAACUACACGCAGCCACUAUGCGCCUGUCCGUCCAGGUACAAAGAGCCGUGCUCGGCAUCCUUGAAUGCUGAUGACCUACACACUACGGAACUGUCUACGGACCCAACCGGCAAAAUCCUCACGCUGGUCAAGACGUGCGAACCAGUGGCUGAAAUGAGGACGUGCCGUUCGCCGAGGGACUGGUCGCUGUUGGCCCUGCAAAACGUCCGCACCGGCAAGUCGCAUUACCUGGUCAUCUGCAGGUGUCCGCACACCAAUCUGCUGGAGGGCCCGAUGAGUCACGACCAGCCGACGUACGCCAGCGUCCCCGGAAUCAGAGUGUACGGCAUGAUGUGCGUGACCAAGAACGGUGGAGGAGCCGGUCACCAGACCACUUUGGCGCCACCGCUCCAUUCCAGUCCAGCGCCGAUAACCAAGCGGCGGGCAAGGCCCCUGAGGACCCCCCGAUCGUUGGAAGCCUACUACAGGAGGUCUUCGGAAAGCCAAUCGUCGCCACCAUUUCCUUGGCGCAGAGCCAUGCAGUUUAUCAAAUCCGUGCAAGCAGAAGAGUCGCUGAAAAGUAAACAGUCUUAGACCAUUCGUCAUAAAUACUGAAAACGGUUGAAUAAAAUUAAAAUUCGAUUAGCAAAUACAUUAUAUUUAUUAUUAAACAAUACUAAAAUAAUAAAAUGUAAUGAAGCCGCUCAACAUUUUUCUUUUAC